AUGGCAGACUCCGCGCCGCCCACAACAGGCUCUAAGCGCCGACGCAUAGCUCUUGCAUGCACUUCUUGCCGCACUAGAAAGUCCAGGUGCGAUGGGCGACGACCCACGUGUUCAACGUGCCAGCAGCUAGGCUUUGAAUGCCAAUAUGAUGCGCCAGACUCCACAACAAAUAUCAUUGUCCAGAAAGACUAUGUUUCGGGCCUUGAACAGCGUCUCAAGAAAGUCGAGCAUGUCUUACAAAGGCAUGAUGAUUUGUUGACCGGACACUUGUCUGCCUGUGCUCCGGGCCGAGAGCCCUACGAAGAGCUUCCGGGGGGUUCAUUGCCCUUAAGAGGAGCGAAUUUCAAUGAUGGGAUCGAGAUUGAUGCUUCAGUCAUUGAAUCUGGCGACUCGGAGAGUGAGGCGGAAGCUAGAACAGACGGACUAGCCAUAACCUUUGUCGACGAGCGCGCCGCUGCUUAUUUUGGCGAGUCGUCGAACAUUGGCUUUGUUCGCUACCUGCUUGCCUCGGUUUCAUCCAUCUGGGGCGCCAAGCAGCCAGAAGGGCCUCAGCUAAAUAAAGGUGACAAUGCAGACGUCAAACGCAAAACGAUACUAUCAUCGGAGCACUCUCCCCUCGGCGCCCUACCUACAACUCCGCAGUCGCUGGCAACGUCAUCGCGAUUGCCGGCUGUAGAGGACAUGGAAAUUAUGAUGAAUCGAUAUUUUAAUACCAUGGGUCUCCUGUUCCCAUUCCUACACGAAUCGACCUUUCGACAGACGUUCAAUGCCUUCAAGGCGAGCGGCUUUAACAAGGUUCGACAAACUUGGCUUGGGGAACUCAACUUGAUCUUUGCCAUCGCAAGUAACAUCAACCGAGGCAAAACUUCAAAACAGUGCUUCGAAGAAUCACUGGUUUAUUACAGAAGAGCAAUGUCGCUGUGUGGCGCAUCAUCGUUGCGAACCGUCAGUCUCGACAUUGUCCAAUUCCUUCUUCUGCAAGCGCUCUACCUGCAGGGCACGCCUCAAGCAGGCGAGGCCUGGAGCGUACACGGCCUCCUAGUCAGGAGCGCAGUAGCACUUGGCUUGCACAGUGACAAAGUUGGACGGCAGCUGGAUGAAAUUGUGCAGGAGAUGAGAAAUCGAACCUGGCACACAAUUUAUUGCCUGGAUACUGUCCUUAGCGCAACAUUUGGUCGUCCUUGCGCAAUUAUUCCUGCUCACAUGACAGUGCGCCUACCGCAGGCAUGGCCCGUACUAGCAAAUGCUCAGCUCGGCAAUUCCCCCGAAACAGCUCAGGUGGCAACCGACUUUUUGUCCAUCUCUGUUCAGUUGUACCAAAUCAUGGGUCUCUCCAUUGAAGCACAGUACAAUGGAAACAUUGGGACGGAGCAAAACGAGGAUGAAGUGUCUAUGCUUCAGACUGCGAGCACGCUCCGGCAAAAGCUGCGAAGAUGGGCGGAAACAUUGCCUUCCGAUUUUGCAUUACUGCCAAGUAGUUCGCCGGAUUUAAAACACAGCUCCAGGAUGAAUAAGCUGCGGGCCAUCACGACGGUAAGGUACCACAGCAUAUCGAUACUAAUUCACCGGCCACUGCUGUGCGUCACUCUCAAGCAUCUAUCCAAGAUCAAUGGAAGACAUGACGUGGAGCUUCCAUACACGACACAGUUGGCCAUGGCUGAGGCAUUUGAGUGUAUUUCUUCUGCAGAGGAGACAAUCGGGAUGGCUGCCUCGGUUUUCGGAGGCGGUCCGGUGGAGGACAGCAACCUUGGAGUAUGGUUCUUUACUCUGUACUACGUUUUUACUGCAGCACUCAUGGUGUGCGGCGGCAUGCUCUGUGCCCGACACAGUCACCGCGUGAAUGCGGAAACUGUCGUGGCGGAAGGCCGCUUGAAUCUUGUGAGAGCCGCAGAUGCCCUUGAGAACCUAGACAAUAGCAACCCUCUUGUCAAGAGAUGCGUAAAGUAUAUUCGAUAUCUGUCUGAAUUGCAAGAUUACCGAUCUGAUUCCGACAUCUACGAUGUCCCAUCCGAGGAAGUGGGCGUGUUUGGUCAAAUGGAAGGCGUCGAUUUCAUGGGAAUGGUGGAUUUGCUCGAUGACCACAGCGGACUUGGCCCGUAUUUGGCUGCUGAGCUGUUUGAUACUGCCAUGUUUGAUUCGCUGACAAUGCCCUAG